CUAGCUACCUGUAGAGGGCAGUAAUACUUCUUGGCUCGUUCUAACCUGCCGUAAAUAGUUCACACGAGAUGCUUGCGAGAUCCAGAUGCUUCUCUGGACCGAUGCUACCGGUUGUAAACAAAGUUAAACAGGUGUUGAGCUGCUUUUGCAAGAUGGUGCAGCUACAUGUGAAGCGUGGAGAUGAAAGCCAGUUUCUCUUCAACACCACUGUGGACGCGCCUGUGGAAACUGUGAUCCAGCAAAUUACAGCCAUUUACAACGGGAGACUCAAAGUGGACAGAAUAUGUUCAGAGAUCCCAGAGCUGGCAGACCAUGGCAUCACACUGCCACCCAACAUGCAGGGUCUGACUGAGGAGCAGAUUGUGGAGCUGAAACUGAAGGAUGAAUGGGAAGACAAGUGUGUACCCAGCGGGGGGCCAGUCUUUAGGAAGGAUGAGAUUGGGAGGAGGAACGGACACGCUCCAAAUGAUAAAAUGAAAGAGGUGUUGAUGAGAACCGUGGAGGAGGCAAAGGCACUGAUCUCCAAAAAACAAGUUCAAGCUAACGUUUGUGUCACUAUGGAGGUGGUGAAGGAAGCCCUGGAUCCGCUAAGGGGUGCUGUCAUGAUCGUGUACCCCAUGGGGCUGCCCCCUCAUGACCCUAUCAGAAUGGAGUUUGAGGACUGUGAAGACCUUUCAGGAACACAGGCAUCUCUGCAGGUGAUCACAGAGGACGAGUGCCAGCUAUGGUGGGCUGCUAAAGAGAUGCAGAGGGGGAAAAAACUGCAGGACUACAUUGGCAAAAAUGAAAAGACAAAGCUUGUGGUGAAAAUCCAAAAGAAAGGGCAGGGGGCACCAGCGAGAGAGCCUCUGGUCACUGAUGAGCAGCAGAAACAGAUGAUGAUGCAUAUGUACAGGAGGCAGGAGGAACUCAAGAAACUUGAGGAAGCAGACGAUGAUAGCUACCUGGACUCAGAGUGGACAGACAGACAGUCCCUCAGAAGACAGUUUCAAGGCCUCACCAACAUCAAAUGGGGACCAAGAUAAAGACCACUACCACUGAGAUUCCUACCUUAAAGCUGCUGCUCUGACCUGGUCCUUUACAGCUCUAUAUGCAAAUGACUACAAUGCCUUAUCUCAAUUCUGAUAUUAGUUUACUGUCCGUGUUAUAUGAGGUCUUCUGGAGAAUAUAAACAGUACGUGUUUAUAUGUCUUGGAGUAGUAACUGGAUGAUGACACGUGAAUUAACCUGAUUUAUUUGAAUUUAAAUCAGAUCUCUGUAUUCUUUUACCGAUUGUUUUCACCCUGUUGUAAAGUUACAUUUUUAUUGGAGAUAUGCAAACAAUUAAAUUUGAGUUUAAUCUAAA